AUGUGUAAGAAUAUAUAUGUCUAUAUUAUUUUAAUAUUAAAAUUAUUCAUUGUCCUAGCUAACAAAGGUGACAAUAGUACUUGUAAUCCAUCUGUUAAAAUAUCAUGUGCUCACAAUUGUUGUAAGAAUAAAUUAUCAUUUAUGUAUAAUUGUUGGAAACACUAUGAUAAAUAUAGUAAUAUAAUAAAAGAGAAUUUACAAAAAGAAGAAGAUACAGUUGUUCAAUUACAAGAUAAUGAUAAUAUUGAUAUUGUCGAACAUGCUGAAUCUAUGCCAAUGUCCUUUCAAUUGACUACACACACAAUCAUUUUAUUUAAUAAAUGGGAAACAAAAACGGCCCUCUCUUACUAUAUGUCGUUGGUUUUAUGUUUCUUCUUUGGUAUAAUAUCAGUAGGACUUAAAGUCGUCAGAUUAAAUGUUGAACAUUCCUUACCAAAGACGAAUGAUACAAAUAUAUUUAAGAGCUUAGUUUUAUUAAAAAAUAAUUCCUAUAGAAUGUUAUUAUCAUUCGUAAUAUAUUCAUGGGAUUAUUUACUUAUGCUUAUAGUUAUGACAUUUAAUGUUGGUUUAUUUGUAGCUGUUGUUUUAGGUUUAUCAUUUGGAUUUUUAAUAUUUGGAAAUAAAUUUGUAUCAUCCAAAAAAUGCUCAUCAGAUGAUUUCGAUGUUCAUAAAGAUUUUACUGCUGACCCAGCUUGUUGUGGAUGUUAA